AUGAGAAGCAACAUCCGCGCCAAGGUUGCUUACGCCGAGGAGAAGGCAGAGCAGGAAGCCCCGAAUGCUUCAAAGGCACAUGCAAAAAGCUCAGGAUCAGGAAACAAUCAAAAGGGUCAAGGCUCCUUGCUGCGCAGCUGUUCUGACAAGAAGACUGUCCACAGGAAUGGUUUGAGCAGUUUGUCACUCGCUUAA